AGUAAGAGUAAAAUCCUAAUAUUUGGGGGAACUGGCUACUUAGGCACACGUAUAUGGUGAAGGCAAGCAUCAAGUUAGGCCAGCAAACAUUCGUUUAUGCCCGCCCCAUUACCCCACAAGAUCAUCUUGCAUGAUGAAUUCCGAUCCCUCGGUGUUACCGUCAUUGAGGGAGAGCUGGACGACCAUGAAAAGAUCGUGGCAACACUUCGUCGAGUCGAUAUCGUGAUCUCAUCGUUACCGUUCCCUCAGGUUCCAGACCAGAUUCAUAUCAUUGAAGCCAUUAAAGUUGCAGGUAACAUAAAGAGGUUCAUUCCGUCGGAAUUUGGCAUCGAAGAGGAUCGACUAAGCUUUCUUCCACCGUUUUAAGCUUGUUUAGACAAGAAGGGCA